AUGUCUGGAAAUGAGAGCCUUUUGCCGACAUAUUAUCAAAAGCCGUUUCCUUUCGCGAAGUUAUUGAAAAAAUACGUGCCUUUGAUUGCGAUCUCAAUACUACUGACGCUAAGCCUUCUCUGCUAUGUAUUUAUGCCACAAAUCCAGUCCUCAACCGAUUUUGUCCAAAGAAAUUGGCCGUCGAUUCUGACGGACGACACGACCGACCCGUCGUCGCCGUCGACGACAACCAAAGCCCGAGUCUAUAAGAAUGAAGGCAUCAAAUCCAUUAUCACUGGAGACGCGAGUGAUGGCAAAGAAUCGGCCGGAGAUGUGGUGACCAGUGGUGUGAAAGCAGUGCCGCUGCCGUCGGGCGACGAUCCGGACCCGAAGGUGAGAGAGCGACGCGAUUUCGUGAAGGAUAUGAUGAGACACUCGUGGGAUAACUAUGUGAAGUACGCCUGGGGUCACAACGAGCUGAAGCCCGUCUCACACACCGGACACACGUCCGACAUAUUCGGCGGCGACUCUAAACUGGGCGCUACUGUUGUCGACUCCCUGUCCACGCUUUACAUCAUGAAUAUGACCGACGAGUUCCGGACGGCCAGGGAUUGGGUGGCGACGAGUUUUGAUAUGAGUGCUGUCAACGCAGACGUGUCUGUCUUCGAGACAGUGAUCCGAUUCGUGGGCGGACUCCUGUCGGCGUACGGACUCACCAACGAUGCCGUGUUUUUGCAGAAGGCUGUGGAAGUGGCCGACCAUAUGCUGCCCGCGUAUAACACGCAAACAGGUUUGCCGUUGGCUUUGGUCAACCCGAAGACAGGAAAGGCCAAGAACUACGGCUGGGCUUCUGGCGGCUGUUCAAUACUGUCUGAGUUGGGUUCCCAGCACUUGGAGUUUGUAUACCUGAGCGCAGCCACCGGUGAUCCCAAAUAUGCGGACAAAGUGACAAAAGUGCGUCAGUUUAUGGACCAAAUGGUGAAACCACACGACGGCCUGUACUUGAAUUACGUGAACCCAUUGACCGGGCAGUGGGGCGGCGAAGACCAGGUGUCGAUGGGAGCGCUGGGCGACAGUUUCUACGAGUAUCUCAUCAAGUCUUGGGUUCAGACCAACGGCACCGAUAAGUUGGCGCUCAAGAUGUAUAACGAGGCGAUUGCGGCCGUAGACAAGCAAUUGGUGCAGAAGUCGGCGCAGAAAGGGUUGACAUAUUUGGCGAAACUAAGUUAUGGUCAUUUGGAGCAUAAGAUGGAACACUUGGCCUGUUUUACGGGCGGAAUGUUUGGUUUGGGUGCUCUUCACGCCUCCGAUCGCCGCACGAAAGACCACUUCAUGGCUUUGGCGGCGGCGCUGACGGACACGUGCGCCGAGUCGUACGGCCGGACGGCCACCGGCAUCGGUCCCGAGGCCUUCUACUUCACCGAAACGGCUGAAGCCAUUGCUAUCAACCAAUACGAGAAGUACUACAUCUUGAGGCCCGAAGUGGUCGAGAGUUACUUCUAUAUGUGGCGACUGACUCACGACCAGCGCUUCCGCGACUACGCCUGGAGUGCGGCGCAGGCUAUCAACACUCACUGUCGCACUGACUACGGCUUCUCCGGUAUCCGAAACACAAGUGAUGUCCACUCGGCUAAGGAUGACGUCCAGCAGACCUUCUUCUUAGCCGAAACACUCAAAUACUUGUACCUAAUCUUCUCUUCAGACGACUUGAUCUCAUUGGACGACUGGGUCUUCAAUACCGAAGCGCAUCCCUUACCAGUCCUCAGACCCUAA